UAGGAGUUGUUUAAAAAUCAGACAGAGGGAAGAGCAGCUGAGAUGGCGGAGAGUAAAGCCUGCACUCUUCAGAGGAGGAGAGAAAGUAUGGACAAACCUUCAAAUUUCAGACUGGUCCUUGUUGGGAAAACUGGAGCAGGGAAGAGCUCCAGUGGAAACACUAUACUGGGGCGAGAUGCCUUCCCUGCAGCUGUCAGUCAGUCCUCAGUGAGCAGACAGUGCUGUAAACACACUGGUCAGCUGUUCAGCAGAGAACUGACCGUGGUCGACACCCCCGGCCUCUUCGACACCUCGUUACCUGAACUCAUGGUGAAGAGAGAGAUCUCUAAAUGUAUCAACAUGUCGGCCCCGGGGCCCCACGCCAUCCUACUGGUCAUCAAGGUGGGGCCAUUCACCGACGAAGACAGAGACGCGGUCGUGCAGGUGGAGGAGAUCUUUGGGGAGCAAGCCUGGAAGUACACCAUCAUGCUCUUUACCCAGGAUGAAGGGGACACAGCAGACGUCGAGCGACAGCUGGAAGGGGCGGGGCCUGAGCUGCUGGAGGUCCUGAAGAAGGCGGGAAACAGAUACCACGUCUUCAACAACCACAGGGCUAACGAUCGUGGACAGGUCCUUGAUCUGCUGGAGAAGGUGGAGAAGAUGGUGUGUGUCAACGGAGGGAAGUGUUACUCCAACCCCACCUACCUGGAGGUGAUGGAGCUGCUGAAUAAGAAGGAGGUGGAGCUUAGAGAGUUCUACAGGGAUAAGCUGGAGAAGGAGAUCAAAGCUAUAGAGGUAAAGUAUGAGGAGAAGCUGAGAGAGGCCCAGGAGGAGAACCCAGCCACAAAGAGACGAUGGCAGGAGGAAGUGAAGGAAAUCAAACGAUAUUAUGACUCUCUGAACGCCUCAACACGUCAUGUUGUGGAGCAAACUGUGGCUUCUGACACCUUAGAGGACAUAAGUGAGUUUCACAGGAAACUGAAAGUCAUCUCCUGAUUGGUUCAACAUCCUCAGAUGUGUUUUUUAAAGAUCUUCCAACCUCAUCAGUAGAAACUUUUCAUGACUCUGACGCCUGAUAGCCUCAAGCUGCUGUAAACAGACAUCCUGAGUCACACUGAGCUCAUCCAGCUGGAGCCAAUCACAGCUGUCAUUGGGUAAGAGGCGUGGUUACACCUGUACAGGAGACCUGUCAAUCACAGAGUGUAACAGUUUAAAGGAUCCCCAGGAACAUACAACACCAACAUGAAGACAGCAAACAUCAUAUCUGGAGAUUGUUUGUGUCCAAUAACCAAAUUUGAAUGUUUGAUAUCAUCGUCAUGAGCUGCCUAAAGUAGAAACUUAUAAUGUCAAUAAUCAAUGUACUCU